AUGGGCGUGAACCGCCGAGUGCGGACCGAGGCGACGACGGAGGAGGACGAGGCGACGACGACGGAUUUUCGACGACCGGUGGAGACGAGGGAUGACUUGCUCGAGAGCGAGGCGUUUGAGACGGCGCUCAAGGCUGGGUUCGCGGCGCUGGCGCUCACGUGCGUGGGGAUCGUCGUCAAGCUCUCGGGGCCGGUGAUCGGGGAGAUGGUGGAUAAGUUCCCUGGACGACACUAG